AGGACAUUCACAACAAAGCUACGAAACGCCGACACGCACUGUGGCUACGCUACCGGGGAUGUUACGUACGAGCGCACGUAACGACGCCAAAAUCGCGGUGGACACGUGACUCUCUGGCGUGUCGAAGCACCGACGCAUCGUGCCGCGAUAUUUCGUCUCUUUGAAAGCCCGAGCCCGAGGAGCGGUCGGCGUCAACACCGGUCGGCUAACUCGUCCAUUUGCACACUUUACACCGCCCGUGUUCACGCCCUGAACGGCCCGGCCUGCGCUGGUCAAUCUCGGAGAAGAAGCACGCUUCCAGGCUCGCAGUUUUCCCGCCUGCAGCCGUCGAGUACUUAUUUGCCGAGAAGUUAUCCCGGGUUAAAUUAGCCGGCUUUGUGGCACGAAAUAGGUCACCCAGCUCCGCGCUGACGCCAGAGUCCGGUGUCUCUCCUCUCCCGCCAACUCCUCCAGCGGGUCCGCAGACUGUCAGCGAUGGUUCUGCUGAAGAACCUCCAUCCACCCACCGAGGGAGUGCGGCAUGAGCAAGCCGAGACCACGGCGGUGAUGGACGGCGAGAGGCUGGGCUGCGGCACGCUGUACGUCGCGGAGACACGCCUGUCGUGGUUCGAUGGUUCGGGGAUGGGUUUCUCCCUGGAGUAUCCCACCAUCGGCCUGCACGCCAUCUCCAGGGACGUCAGUGCUUACCCGCAGGAACACCUGUACGUCAUGGUCAACGGCAAACUCAGCGAUGAGAAUGAGGCAGAAAUGGCAGAGAAAGCACCUGAUGACGAAGACGACGACGACGACGACAGCAGCGGCGGCGAUGGUGGUGGUGAUGAUGAUGAAGGAGCGAUCACGGAGAUUCGAUUUGUGCCCAGCGACAAGGCGGCACUGGAGGCCAUGUUCUCAGCAAUGUGUGAGUGCCAGGCACUGCACCCAGACCCCGAGGACGACUCCGACAACGACUUCGAAGGAGAGGAGUACGAUGUGGAGGAGGCCGAGGCAGAGCACGGUCAUGCCGACAUCCCGACCUUCUACACCUGUGAUGAGGGUCUGUCGGCGCUCACGCAGGAGGGCCAAGCCACGCUGGAGAGGCUGGAGGGGAUGUUAGCCCAGAGCGUGGCUCAGCAGUACCACAUGGCUGGGGUCCGAACUGAAGAAAGCAAAGCCGACUUUGAAGAUGGUAUGGAGGUGGAUGCAGCAGCGAUGGAGGCCGGUCAGUUUGAGGAUGCAGAUGUCGAGCACUGAUGGAAGUCAUCUCAGCAACCAGUCAAAGCACCUGAGUUACAUCGAGAGAUUGGAGAAGAGGACCUUGGCCGUUCUUUAAGGCUAUCAUCUCUUAUUUGUAUUUUCUUCCUGUUCUCACUGUCAAACAAUGUACUUAGUCAUCUCAGUAGUCGUCUGUAUCUUCCUGCAUUUUCUCUUUAUUUCAUGUUGCAUUGGAGCUCACAUAUCGCAUUGUGUCGUUGCUUUUCUGCCCAUUCUCCACCUCCAUCUGCACUGAUUUGUCCAGGUGAUUUGAACAAUGUGUGCUGUUCUACACUUCUAUGAUGCAGCCACAUCAGCUACAGUUGACUAUUGAGAUGCAGCCCCAAAUGCCCAGAUCCCAUUGUUGACUGUAAAAACAAAGCACUCUUUUCUGUUUCUGUUUUGUACUUAAAGACAAAUUAAUAUCUGAUUUUCCUGCCGAGGAGAGUUCAUGUCUUUGUAUCAAAUUGUCAAUAAAUGCAUAGUUUUUGUAUGA